AUGGAGGAGGACGGCAGGGCCGCCCUCCAUGCGCCGUGUCGUGCGCGCGAUGGUGUGCAAGGCGGUACUGCAGGCGAGAGAGCGCCGCGGCCGCCGCUGCUUCUGGAGAGCCUGGCGGGCCCAGGCAGCGACGACGGCUUCGAUACCUACGACUCGGCCCUGGGAGAGGCGGAGCACGGGAGCACGGCAUUGCACGGCAGCGGCGACGGCUUCGGUGUCGGCUACCCUGAAGCGGAGCAGGACUUCGGCUUUCAUGCCCGUAUGAGGGCCAGCGGCGAAGCUUGGCGGGCUGCCCUGGAAGCCCGUCUGAGGGCCAGGGAUGAAGCCUGGGAGGCCAGCCUCGAGGAGUCGAUCGAGGUGGAGCCCCAGGAACACGGCGAGGACAGCUUCGUGGGGGACUCGGAGUUCGAGGAUCUCGGGUCUGAGCACGGGCAGUUCCUGCGUGACGAGUUCUCGGACGGCAGCGAGCAGGCCGCGGAGUACGAGCUUGCGCGCGCUGCCUGGCUGGAGCGCACGGGCUCCAGGCGCGAGGACGCUGAAAGCAGCCUCGAGGCCGAUGCCCCUGGCGUGCGUGCGCAGGGGCGGCUGGCUGCGACCGAGGCGGCCCAGGCGGCAAUCCUGAGCGGCGAUCUGGCCGAGGGGCUGCGGUUGCUCGAGGCGGCUCAGGUCUUCGGCCAGGCUGAGUGA